UAACCACACGCCUGCUUCCCCUCCAUCCCCCCCACCUCCUCCCCCGACGCGAACCAGAAUUCCUCACGCCCGACCCAAACCCUGCACCGCCGGAGCCCCGAAUCCACCCCGCCGAUCCGCCCCGAACCCUAGGGAUCCGCCCUGAUCCGCCGCCGCCCCUCCGCGCCGCAAACCCUAGGGAUCCGCGGAGCCUCCGCCGGCGGCGGGGCUCCUCCGCGGCGGCGGCUUCGGCAUGGCGGACCUGGUGGGGAGGGCGGUGAGGAAGGCCUUCCCGGGGUUCGGGGUCUUCUCCGGCGUGGUGGAGUCGUACGACGCCGAGGCCGGGUACUUCCGCGUGCUCUACGAGGACGGCGACUCCGAGGAGAUCGACGCGGACGAGAUGGGCUCCAUCCUCGUGGGCGCGCCCAUGCCGCCGCAGCCGGAGACUCCCGGGGGUUCCGCCGGGAAGCGGCCUAAGAAGCGGAGGCGGGGGGACGGGGAGUCCCCGCAGGGGAACGUUUCUGUGGUGGCCGAGACCGUAGAUGGAGAUGGGCUGGCAAACGGGCCUCUGCCUGUGCUUGCAACGCCGGCGAAGGGGGGAGGAGCGGGUGGGGAAAAUGGGGAGGCGAUGGCGGAGACGGCGGGGAAGAAGCGGAAGAUUGGCCCUAGCCCAGUUCGUCGGAGCGCGAGACAAGCGAAGGCGGCGGCAUUGGCGGCUGAAAUGGAGGCGGCCGCUAAUGUAGCUGCCGCUGCAGAGGCUGCCGAGACUUCAUCCGCCGAGGAUGUGGCUCCGGCUCUGAUUGCUGCUACGCCGCAGCAGUCUGGGAGGAAGCGUCAGCGUGCAAAUGGGAGUGGUCGGUCUCGCGCAGUCGCGAGGGAUUUAGAGGAUGCUGCGCUGGAUAGGCCGCUGCAAAAGCCGAACCUGCCACCUUCGUCACAGGGCCUGGAUUUGGAAGGCCUCCCUGUUAUGGAUGUCUUUCAAGUCUACUCCUGCUUGAGAUCAUUUAGCAAGCAGCUUUUCCUAAGCCCGUUUGCACUGGAGACAUUUGUCGCGGCGCUGCGGUGUAAGCACGUGAACCCCUUGAUAGACUGGGUGCAUUUUGCUUUGCUCCGCUCUCUGAAGAACCACUUAGAAGAUCUGGCCCAUGAAGGAGACCCUCCGGCAAUACAGUGUAUUAGGAAUCUUAACUGGGAACUCUUAGACCUAGCAACUUGGCCAAUCUAUCUUGCCGAGUACUUACUGACUCGUGGUUCAGAACUGAGGUAUGGUAUGAAGCUUACAGAUCUAAAUCUGUUAGAUACAGAGUACUAUUGGCAGCCAGCAACAGUAAAACUCGAGCUGCUGCGCUCACUCUGUGACGAUGUUAUUGAGAUUGAGGCUAUACGUUCAGAACUUGGUUCAAGGAUGUCUGAGUUAGAUGGAAAUGAUGAGGGCUGUAGAGCUACUGGUUCAAGAAGAAAAAAGAGAGGUUCUUCUGUUGUGGCCCUAGCAGAUUCUUCUCAGCCUCCAGAAGGCUCUGAUGAUAUGGAUGAUGGUAACAGUGACGAAUGUUAUCUGUGUGGUAUGGAUGGCAACCUGUUAUGCUGCGAUGGCUGUCCUUCAGCUUUUCACUCAAAAUGUGUGGGGGUGGUGGAGGACCUAUUGCCUGAAGGAGAAUGGCAUUGUCCCGAGUGUUCGAUGCAGAAGUACAAUGGGUCCAGAAAUAUGGCAAAGCUUGUCAGAGGAGCAGAGGUUCUGGGAAGUGAUCCACAUGGACGACUAUACUUUGGCACCUGCGGCUAUCUUUUGGUGGUUGAUUCAUGUGAUGUAGACUCUCCAUGUCAUUAUUAUGGCCAGAUGGAUCUUCAUUCCCUUAUUACAGUGUUAACUCCAUGUCAUCCGUCUUACAAUCCGAUCCUAAAUGUGAUCUCUUUGUUUCGGGGUAUUGCAACUGAAACAUAUAAUAUUAACGGGCGAUAUGAGAACAGCAAGGAAUGUAGUACCUCGGACCAUGAAACAGACCGCAGGCAGUCAUCACUGAAACAAUCUAGUGAGCAUGAACAGUGUACCAUAGAAAAGCAUGGCUCUCAACAAUUGGAUACCGGGAAAAUUUGCACCUCAAAUUCAGAUCAGGAUGUCUCACACCAGAGUUAUACCCUGAGACGUGCGACAAUUUCUCAAAACGGCAAUGAAACUACUGCUAAUGAGAAGCCCAAUCAAACUUCACAACCUAAUGCAUCUGGUGCCAACAAGGAUAGCUGCAAUUCUAAGCAAGAUGAUGUUGGCUUGCAUGUUAAUGGUUUGUCUGCAGAGAACCAGAAAGAUGCAUCACCUAAAAAAGAAGCAAGUAACUGCUGUCUAAGUUCUGGGAAUGCUAUGUAUAUAAACUACUACAGUUUCGGUCAAAUAGCAGCAUCGGCUGCUGAAGAGUUAAAGCACAAGCUUUCAGAGAAUGAGGAAGGAAAGAAGCAUGGCCCGGAUGCAGUUUCUUUUCGGCUAAAAACAAUAUGUAAGAAAUAUGUUAAUGUUUUUGCACUGACUGAUCAAAAGUUAUCUGUGGAGCUCCUAAAGGAAAAAUGUGGCUGGUGCAACUCCUGCCAAAUCAGUGGUGGUAGUGAUUGCAUUUUCAGAUUUACUGACGUUAAGUGUAUGGAGAGUCCUAAGCCAUGUGCUGUUGGUCCUUUGUCAGAAAAGAACAAGGAAAGUCAUAUUGUCCUUGCUACACAUAGCAUGUUGUCAAUUGAAAAACGCCUGAAUGGUUUGCUGUCUGGUCCAUGGCAAAAUCCACAAUAUAGCAUGUAUUGGCGUAAGGCAGUUCUUAUGGCUUCAGAUGUAUCAUUACUGAAGCAGCCUCUUCUCAUGUUAGAGUCCAGUCUGCGACGUGUUGCCUUCUCAGGAGAAUGGCAAAAACCAGCAGACUCUGUUGAAGUUGUUGGGUCUGCAGCCCAUAUCUUGGUCCGUACAUCUAAUAAGUCUGCAGGUUAUGCAAUUGCUAGAAAGCCAGGGAGGAAGCCACUUGCUAUUGAGCUCAAAGUCGACCUCCGUGAUGUUGGUGUUUAUUGGUGGAGGGGCGGAACAUUGUCCCGUCAAGUGUUUCACUGGAAGAGGUUGCCUCAGUCAUUGGCCUGCAAAUCUGCUCGGCAAGCUGGACGCAAGAAAAUUCCCACCAUAGUGUAUCCCGAUGGUUCACAAUUUGCCAGGAGGUCCAAAUACAUAGCUUGGCGAGCUGCUGUGGAAAUGGCACAAAAUGUGUCCCAGCUCAUUUUGCAGAUUAAAGAGCUUGAAUUGAACAUCAAGUGGCCUGAGAUAUUGAGCACUCUCUCUUCUGCAAUUGCAACAAAGGAAACCCAGAAAAUAGCAAGGUUUUUCAAGAAAGUUAUAAUUCGCAGAAAACGUAUAGAAGCAACGAAUGUGGAAUAUCUACUUGAUUUUGGAAAGAGGGAGAAUAUUCCUCCUGUUGUUGCUAAACAUGGAGUAAAAUUUGAGGAGCCCUCUAGCGAGAGGAACAGGUACUGGUUGAGUGAAAGUCAUGUCCCGUUGAGUCUUUUGAGGGCAUAUGAAGCCAAAGCAAUAAAUCGCUCACUUAAAAAGAAAGACAGCGAGGACAGCUCACCUAAAAAGAAGAAAGACACCAAUGACCGCUCACGUAGAAAGAAGAAAGACACCGAUGAUCUUUCUAAGAUGAGCGACUUCAGUCCCGAAAAGCCAAAAAGAUCAAGAUCAGUGUUUGAUGACCUCCUAGAGAAAGCACAAAAACUGGAGGAAGCACAAAAACUAGAGGAAGCACAAAACCUCCUAGAGCAAGCACAAAAACUUCCCAGCAGGCUUUGCGGUCAGUGUUUCAAAACAGUAACUGCCAGGGAAGCUGUGAACUGCAAAUAUUGUGAAGCACUUUUCCAUAGAAAACAUUUCAACGUUCCUAGAGGUGCUGUGGAUACCGUCUAUGUUUGCAACAAGUGCCUAGCUGAAAAGGUCGAGCCGGUGGUGUCUCCACAGAAAAAGGCAGCAUCAAAGAAGAGCUCUCCGAAAAAGAAGCAGAAGAAGCAACUACGAAAGAGUUUAAGGAGAAGAAAACAGAUAGUUAUCAACCUCAAGAAGAAAACCAGACAGAAGAAUGGCAAGCCUGGCCGGCCUAGAAAGAAUCCAUUGAGUGUGUCAAAGAAUAAGUCACAAAAGAUGUCUGACAGUCAACCAUCAAAUGAAGCCAAGAAUGAACCGGUGAAACGCAUAUCAAAAAGGUUAUAUGAUAAGUACAUGAAAGGCAACUCAGAUAAAUCCGAGCAUACAGCAAGCUGUCGUAAGAAGAAGAGGACAGCUUCGCAUUACUCGUACUGGUUAGAUGGUCUUCGAUGGACACAGAACACAGCUGAUGAACAGGCAACAAAUUUUAGGAAAGCAAGAAUUGUUUUUCCAUCUGAAGAUGUUAAGAUUUCAGAAACCAGUCCAGUAUGCUGUCUUUGUAAGAAAUGCUACAGUGGAGAUGCUAUUUAUAUUGCUUGUGAGAAUUGUGAAGAUUGGUUCCAUGGGGAUAUAUAUUCUAUUACCAUAGAAAAUGCCAAUAAUCUCAUAGGCUUCAAGUGUCAUGCAUGCCGUCUGAGAGCUGUUCCUGUUUGUCCAUAUGCACAAGCUAAUGCAAUUCUUAAGGAUCAAUCAGACAGGGAAGACACCAUUGAUAGGUCUAUAGAGGACAAGCACAGCAAUUGUCCGAAAGAUCUGUUCACUUCCAAUGAUCUGAAAGAGCUUCACACUCAUAACAUUGGGGAGCUCCAGAGUCAUAGCAUUGAGGAACAGGUUCCUGAUAGUAUUUGUUUGGAAGUGCUAGAAGAUUAUAAUGAUCUGAAAGAGUCAGACAGUCAUAGCACUGAGAGAGAGCCAGUCAGUAAUAACACUGAGAAAGAGCCAGGUAGUCAUAGCACUGAGAAAGAGCUUGAUGAUUGUAAUGGGUUAAAGGAGCUGGAGAGCCAUAACAAUAUGGAAGAACUUGACAGUCACAGCACUGAGAAAGAGCUUGAUGAUUGUGAUGGGUUAAAGGAGCCGGAGAGCCAUAACAAUAUGGAAGAGCUUGACAGUCAUAGUACUGAGAAAGAGCUUGAUGAUUGUAAUGGGUUGAAGGAGCUGGAGAGCCAUAACAACAUGGAAGAGCUUGACAGUCAUAUCACUGAGAGGAGUCCUCAUGAUCAUAAUAAUCUGAAUGAGCUUGACAAUCACUGGGGUGAGAAAAAGCUUGAUGAUUGUAACUGUCUGAGUGAACUUGGCAAUCAUAACAAUGUGAUAGAUCUCAAUGAGAACAGUCCAGAAGAGCUUGGCUGUACUGAAGAUAGCAAAUUUUCUGCAGGAGAAACACAAUGUCUGAAAGAGCUGGACAAACUGAAAGAUCUCGACAAUCUUAACAGUAAAAAAGAGCUUGGUAAUCACAACCAUCUGGACAAGCUUGAUCGCCAUAGCAGUCUAAAGGAGCUUGAAAAUCAUAGUAGUGUGGAAGAGCUUGAUAGUCAUGACUACCCAAAAGAGCUUGAUGAUCAGAACCGUCUGAAUGAUCUUGGUAAUCAUAAAAAUGAUCUUGGUAAUCAUAAAAAUCUAAAAGAGCUUCAUAGUGCUCAAAAUGGCCAAGUUACUGCAGUAACACAUACAGAUGGUUUAAUAGAUGAGCAGUUUAACACUAGAAUAUCUAACAAAGAAGCCAUGAUCAUGACAUCCGAAAGUGAUUUGGUGAAGGAAUCUAUUGCUUUACAAUCCAACGGUAGUUCCGUGGAUAAUAUUGUUCCUGCUGAACUGGAGAUGGAUAUUCAGGUUCCCCUGAGCUUAUUGACUUUGUAGGAUAUAUGUCAAAAGAGCAGUGCAUUCCAGCAUGACUUUCCGUGAGCUUGUACUGUUCAGUCUUGCUGCUGCUUUGGUAGAGAAUUCCUUCUGAUUAGCUUGGGUUGUUGAGCUACCUGACAGCUUAGUUUUGUGCUAUAGGAUAUUACAUUGGUGAUGCAACCCAGUAAUAAUAAUCUACAAAAAGGAAAAAUAUAUGUUUGUGGAUUCAUCGUAUUUUGGCCAUUUCCUUAGGGAAAUAUGCUGACCUGACAAGCGCAGCAUUGGAGCUAUUGACUAUGCCACCACAAGUGUUUAUUAUGGUUUUCAUUCUUGGCUGAGCUGACAUAGGAAAUAUCUGGGCCCCAUUUCCUUCCCAUGCUUUCUGGUCAGAACUUGUGAUUCAUGUUGCACUAUGAGGUUACAUGUUGAUUGGGAUGUCUUUGAGUACAAGUGACUGGUUUUUGGUUGUGCUGCACUUACUCAUGAUGCACAAGGAUGGAGACAUAGACGAACCACUUGCUACCGCCGUCGAGCACGAGGCCUUCCCAUUCUCCAGACCUCCCUAGUGCACCCAUAGAUGGUGCACCAGACUGACCAGUCGACCUGACGUUCCAUUUUAAGUGUUCCCCAGUGCUUCUAACAGCGUUCCAAUGCAAGCGCAACCCGGCCAUGCCGCGGAGCAAUUCAUGUCAACAUCCUUGAUCUUAUUUUGUAUACAUAGGGUUCCUUUAGGUUUUAUUAGGGGAGAUGCCCAUGCAGUGUGACUGUCAGAUUCAGAAGGGUAGUAGAACGCUGCUGUUACGGUGCUUGCUGGUUCAGUUCUGGUUUAGCGAGGCUGCCAGCAUUCCUAGAUGUAAAAAUCUAGUUGUCAGAUCAAGUUUCAGUGCCUUGCCGCAGUGAAUUGCUGCACUCUGGGUGGUUUUGGGUGAGGCGCUGUGUUUUUCCUCUGCCCAGCAGCUAUUUGGGGAGCGGUGGUGUCCCGUCUGUGUUCCUUCCAACUCCUGAGUUCAGAACGAAAGGAAUGGCCGGCAGAGGUGCCUC